CGUUUCUAUGGUAGAAUGUUCAUGGCUCCUCGAGGAAGCCCAUACUUAGAGCAAACAGGAAGUGCAUUAAUUGUUUGUCCCGCAGCAUUCCGGGACGCCACGCGGGCCUUCAUGCUGCUGUCGGUGCUGGGCUGUUUCGCUGGAGUGCUUUUGGGCAUCACUGCGUCCAAACGGCCCCGGAGCCGACGGGUGCGGACCGGAGGAAUCGCCCUGCUGCUGUCCGGAUUUCUUGCGCUCUUGGCUUUGGCGAUCUACACCGGCAUGACCGUCAACUUCUUUGGCAAACGCUACAUCGACUGGAGAUUCUCAUGGUUGUAUAUCUUGGCUUGGAUCGGCAUCAUAUUGGCUUUUGGAGCAGGCGUCCUGCAGCUCUGUGCGUAUCAGAGGAGCGUCUCUGAAGCAGCACCUGCGAGCGUCUCAAACAUCUCAACAUGAAAUAAAUGGCUUUCGGACUCUUUCUUUGGCAGAUGAUUUAUUUCUCACACAGAAUUAUUGGUGCAGCAUGAUUUAAUACUGGCAUUACUGGUUAGGAGUUAUGAUUCUGUCUGUCCAAUAGAUGGCGUUCAGAUGCAAAACACCCUCAGAUGAGGAAUGAUAUAUUCAGCACAGACACUGAUCAGUUCAUUUCUCUGCAUCGCCAACUCAACAUGAAAUACAUACAGAAACACAGACAGCAGUAAAGCUUUUAAAAUAUUAAUGUACACAAAAGACCCUGAAUUACAGUUUGCCUUUUUCA